CAGGUUUUGGCAAACUGAUCGCAAACCGGUUUGAACCGCUUCUAAAGACAAGGUCAUAUCCCCCGUCUUUCUGGAUUAAAUACUACAUCAGAGAAGCAAAAAAUAUGCCGCAUCAGGCGGAGUUUGAAGCCGUUUCCCCCGAAUCGAACGCCAUGGAGAACUUGGAGAAGCAGCUGAUUUGUCCCAUAUGCUUGGAAAUGUUCACAAAGCCCGUGGUCAUCCUACCCUGCCAGCACAACCUGUGUAGAAAAUGUGCCAACGAUGUUUUUCAGGCGGCAAACCCAUAUCUGCCAACCAGAAGUGGCUCGCUGACGUCCGGCGGCCGUUUCCGAUGCCCGUCCUGCAGACACGAGGUGGUCCUGGACCGGCACGGGGUCUACGGCCUGCAGAGGAACCUGCUGGUUGAGAACAUCAUUGAUAUGUUCAAACAGGAGUCAGGCAGCAGCAGCAGGCCAGCGCAGGAGAGGAAGGAGGAGACGCCCAUGUGCGACGUUCACGAGGAUGAAAGGAUCAACAUUUACUGCGUGACCCACGGCGUGCCCACGUGUUCGAUGUGUAAGGUGUUUGGAGCCCACAAAGACUGCGAGGUGGCGGCUCUCGACAGCGUCUACCAGACAAAGAGGACCGAGCUGAGUGACGGGAUCACCAUGAUGGUUGGGAGCAACGACAGGAUCCAAGGCAUCAUUAGUCAGCUAGAGGAAGCCUGUCGCGUCAUAGAGGAGAACAGUCGAAGGCAGAAGACCAAGGUGUGCGAGAAGUUUGACCAGCUCUACUCCAUGCUGGAGGGGAAGAAGCGGGAUAUGAGUCAGAAGGUGACGGCCGAGCAGGAAGAGAAGGUGAAUUACAUUCAGGGCCUGACGAAGAAGUACGGAGACCAUCUGGAGGAGAGCUGCAAGAUCGUGGAGAGAGGGAUUCAGACUCUGGAUGAGACAGAAAUGGCUCUUUUCCUUCAGAAUGCAAAGGAUCUCCUUAAAAAGAUGGAGGAGGCAUCCAGCACGGCACACUUGGACAAAGUUGAGCACGGCUAUGAGAAAAUGGAUCACUACAAAGUGAACUUCAGAAGAGAGCGCCAGGCUCUGAGCAGCAUCGACUUCAUCCGAGAUGACGACGGCGAGGAUGAAGAAGACGUAGACGCAGGGGCGGCAGAAGGCGCACGGACUGUUUCUGGAGGGGCUGCGAGUUCAGCCUCCCCGGCGCCGCCUAACACCCCCCAGCAAAUAGACUCCUCCCUGAGCCCAACCACGAGCUGAAGGGCUGCUUCUCCUUAUUGUUGGUUUCUGACCAGCUGUGUUGUAUCUUUACAUCCGUGACAAAAGGGAAUCUCUGAUUUUAGGGCAGAAGUAAAGGAGGAAGAUGAUAACAAUAACACAAAUCAAGUCUUAUUUCUUUUCAUCACAUUUGUGUAUUCCAGUUCCCCUCUUCUGAUCUUAGGCACAUCUUUUGAUAGACUAUCUGUUGCUGUUGGCUUUUUCCACGAAUCAGAUAUAUUUUUCAUACCGCCUGACCUUUAAUAACUCGCUACUUGAACUACGUAAUUAGACGGCAGAAGAAAAGGGCUUCACUCCCUCUUUUAUCCCUGUCGUGGUGUUUUUUUCAUGAUUGAUGUAACUUAAUGAGAGCAGCGGAGAUUUGAAGAAGAAAAAAAACAUCACUGUGAAAUUAUAGUAUUGCUCAUUUCUUCUAUUUUUUAAUCACAUAACAUGGAUAUUUUCCUAUAUGUGUCUUCAUUUUUGCCAUUUUAUGGCAGAUCUUCUAUACAUUGUGACAUUAAAAUUAAUUUGAACUGUA